AUGCUAGACCACUGUUCGAUAUCGCAUAAAGGCGGCCUGGUUCUUUGGUCAAGGUCAUUCACGCCGGAAGCUUCUCAGCUCGCAUCAUCCUCGGCUUCUCCAGUGAACUCUUUGGUUCGGGAUGUCCUUACAGAGGGUCGCACUGCGGAAGAAAAAUACGAGAAGGACGGCUAUGAAGUCAAGUGGACCUUUGCAAAUGACCUCGAGUUGAUAUUUGUGGUAGCAUAUCAACGCAUACUUCAGUUGACCUAUGUGGAAGAGCUACUGGAUGCCAUGAAACGGGUGUUCCUCGAACUCUUUGGCCCCUUCUUGGCUACCCUCGUCGCCUCUUUGCAUGCUGCGACACAGACCGGGAAAGUCGUCACUGCUUCGGCAUCGUCUUGGAACUUUGUAGAGACUCUCAAAUCCUGGGAUAAGACAUUCGAUAGACUUCUCAAAGGCUUCGAAGACAGGGCCGCUCAGGUGCGCUUUCUCCGUCCAAUCGUAGUCACCGACGAUUCAAGUCCGCCUUCCGAUGAUCUUAGUACCGUACCCUCGCAGUCGUCAGAUAUUGCUCUUGACCAGCAGCAAAUUGCCAAAAAUGUACAAGCCCUUAAAAACCGACUGCGAGGUCGCGGUGGCCGGCGCGGAGGAAAGGAGGGAUGGCCAUUGUGGUUAAGCUCGGAGACACCAACGAAAAAGAAAGCUAAAACGAAAACACAGAGGAAGUGGGGCAUCGAGGCACCAACGGAGACAGAUAUGGCUUCACUGGACUAUAGCGUUGACAAACCCGAUGACGACGCCUCCCGCGGAUCGCACGACCUAAAUGCGCUUGUAGACAAAGCGUCUCUUGGUGUUCGGACUCAGGAUGGGAUGUAUGAAGUCAAGGAUUGGGAGUUCUCCCGCAGUGGAGAUGACGAGACGGACAAUGUUAUUGCAAAGGCUUUAAACAAGUCCAAUCUGGGGAACAAAGUUGCAUCAACGUCUGGAUCUUCUUUGGGCGCCAUUGGUUCCAUAUUUGCUCGUUUGACAGGAGCAAAGGUCUUGACGGAGGAAGAUUUGAAACCAGUUCUCGAAGGAAUGAAACAACAUUUGAUGAAGAAAAACGUCGCAAAGGAAAUAGCGGAUAAAGUAUGCGAAGGCGUUGGGGAAACCCUAGUUGGAAAGAAGGUCGGCAGCUUCCAAACCACAAAUGCUGCUGUCCGAUUGGCAUUGUCCAGUUCCAUCACGCGUAUUCUUACACCCAAAACGUCCACGGACUUACUCUUGUCCAUCCGCACAAAGCUAUCAUCGCCUCUACCUUCAACCCAACAGCGCAUGCCGUACAGCAUCACCUUCGUGGGCGUAAACGGUGUGGGCAAGAGCACGAACUUAUCAAAAGUCUGCUUCUGGCUUAUCCAAAAUGGUCUGAGGGUCUUGAUAGCUGCGUGCGAUACAUUCAGGAGCGGUGCAGUAGAACAACUCCGUGUCCACGUACGCAAUCUUAGCAUGCUUGGAGUCAAUGGAGCAACCAAUAGCAAAGGGCGCGUGGAACUGUUUGAGCGUGGUUAUGGGAAGGACGCAGCUGGUAUUGCUAGAGAAGCCAUAUCCUACGGAAGAGACAACGAUUUUGAUGUUGUCCUGAUUGAUACUGCUGGACGUAUGCAAGACAAUGAGCCUCUCAUGCGUGCGCUUGCGAAGCUCGUUGCAGUGAACAAUCCCGACAAAAUCAUCUUUGUUGGAGAAGCUCUUGUAGGGAACGAGGCUGUUGAUCAACUCACCAAGUUUGAUCGUGCUCUGCGAGACUUCUCAUCCUCUUCAGGUACUGGGAAGGGGAGAGGCAUUGACGGAAUGCUUGUGACCAAGUGGGACACGGUUGAUGAUAAGGUGGGUGCAGCACUCUCGAUGACCUAUGUCACCGGUCAACCCAUUCUCUUUGUUGGCUGCGGUCAGACGUACACGGACUUGAGACAACUCAGAGUUGCGAACGUAGUGCAAGCAAUUCUCAGUGAUUGA